AUGCAUUGCCACAUGCUCUCCGUCAAAUUGAUUGGAAUUAUUAUUUUGUUCCUAAAUGCAUCAGUCUCCUCAGUAUCUUGUGCCAAUAUCCUUAUCACUGAAGAUUUAGCCUCUCCGAGUCAUCAAAUAUGGAACUAUGCCAUCGCCGAUGCCUUAGUAGCCAGGGGCCAUAAUGUAACAGUUAUUGGUCCUAAGACGAUAUCACUAGAAAAUAAGAAGUUCCACUUCAUCCACUUGGAAGGACUCAUUGAGGCGAUUUCAGGCUCAGGCUUACUUCUUCCUGAGGCGCUGUCGCACCUCUCAGCAUUGGGAAAUUUCAAGCUGUACAAUGCAGUAUCUCUUCUGUCUUGCAAUCAUACCGUCCACACCAAAGGGCUGCAAAGGCUGCUCAAUUAUCCUGCAGAUUUCAAAUUCGAUCUUAUCAUAUUAGACCUCACGAUAUCGCCUUGCCUCCUACCUUUGAUUGAAAGAUUCAAAACACCUCCUGCUAUCGUGAUAUCUGCAUUGAUACUACCACCAUUCUUGUCGGAAAUAUUUGGAAAUAGCUUUCCGGUAUCAUAUGUACCGUAUAUUAUGUUGAAGAACUCAGCCAAAAUGGAUUUUUUGGAGAGGUUACAUAAUUUUAUAUUCUCCAAAAUUGAUCUUUAUUGGAAAGCUUAUUACUUGUAUCCUGUCAUGGAACAGAUGUCGAAAACAGUAUUUGGAGAGAACAUGCAGAGUUUGGAUGCCCUGGGCAAGAAAGCAACGUUUCUUUUAUGUAACUUGAGCCCAGGAUUUCACUAUUCACAACAGCUGACUCCUAAUAUCAUUCCUGUGGGAGGACUGCACAUCGAUCCUAAGAAAAAACUUCCUCAGGAUUUCCAAGAUAUAAUGGACACUGCAAAAGACGGGGUAAUAUUAUUCUCCUUAGGAACUAACGUGAAAUCCAAUGAAAUGAGCCUAGAAAAGAAGAACAGCAUUCUGAAGGCUUUCAGUAAAAUGAAAGAAACAGUCUUAUGGAAAUUCGAAUCUGAUUUAACAAAUCUUCCCAAAAACGUGAUUAUCAGGAAAUGGAUACCACAGAAUGAAAUUCUCGCUCAUCCAAAUUUGAAAUUAUUCAUUACCCACGGAGGUGGUUUGAGUACAAUUGAGGCGGCAUAUUAUGGAGUUCCUAUGGUGGGUAUCCCAUUUUUCGCAGAUCAAUAUUUCAAUAUGGAACUGGUGGAAACUAGGGAAAUAGGAAUUACGAUGUCGUAUGAUACUUUGACAACAGAGAGUUUAGUGGAAGCAGUCAACAAAGUUUUGACGAACCCAUCGAAGUAUCUCAAGAAUGCGAGAAGAAUAUCUUCAUUGAUGAGGGAUCAACCACAAACUUCAAUGGAACGAGCAUUAUUUUGGAUCGAAUUCGCGAUACGGAAUAAUGGCACCAACAUUUAUGAUCCUCAGUCAAGGCACAUAUCGGGUUUAAUUUCGUCUUCAUUUGACAUUUACCUAUUUCUUUUAUUGAUUCUUUGCGCAUUUUCGUACUCUGUAUUAAAAGUAGUGUCGGUCUUCUGUAGACCUGUGAAUCGGAAGCAGAAUAAAAUUAAAAAGAACUGA